AUGGCGGUCGAAUUGCUUUUGGAUGUGGUGGUUGAUGUGUUGCUCGUUCGCCACGUUUCCGGCGCGUCUCUGCAGGUGUCUCGCAGGGCUGCAAGUCGCAAUAUAAUGGAGCGCGGCACGAAAGUGAGGGCCAAUGCGCGACGUGAAACAUUCAGCUUAUGUAUACAUACCGAAGCGCUGCCCUCUUCCUUCGGCACCUAUUAUUCGCCUACAGUAUUCGACCAACACUUCAUCAAAGGCCUACUAGAUAGACAAGACAAGCGAAGUGGCGCGCAGAACAUGGCUAUGCCAUGCCAUGCCAUGCCUGUGACACUGAGCCGGCAGGUAUCUUGGGGCCACAGGACGAUGGAUGUUUACCCAGCCCUAGCACGCUGUGUCACGAAACAGUCCUGCCUGCUUUGUUGCGACGUCUCUCGGAUGUCUGCGGGCUCUGAUCUACCCAGCAAUGCCAGUGAGAGCAAUGGAAUAUGGAGCUCGGUGUCUGUAAACAAACAUCGAGCCCCAUCGCAUACGAAGUGGGUAAAGCCAUGGGCCUACCUAUUUGAUGUACACUGUCCCGCAGGAACUGUGGCACAGGGCAUGUUCAACCCUGGUUCCGAGGUGUCAAGUGUCAGAUUUAUUGGGCCGGGUGGAGUCUGCAUAUCUCUCUCUCGUGUCGUUCCGAAGACUUCACUUCUUGCUUUCCACCGACUUGCCAUUUCUCCUCUGCCCAACGAAGCUACAGUGAAACCUGCCCAGGCCCCUGCAUUGGCGGGAUGUGCUUGUUACUGCGAACGGCUGCGGUCGGCGACGAUCACGGACGCGGAUUGGGCGGGAUUAGGGCGGAAUGGAGGUGAAGUGAAUGGACAGAGUCAUCACGGACAGCGAGGUAGCCUGCCCUCCCCUGCCCUGCCCUGCCUUCUCUCUCACGUGCUUUGGAUGAUGCUGAUGAUGAUGUGGAAAGAUGCAUUCGAUCCUUGCGCAGCGCACGAGCUACCUAUCUACCUACUAUCCGUGGCUUUGUCGCCCCCUCUGCGAGGUGGUUGCAAGCCACCUUAUAAUUUAGCCAAAAUCGACACUUUACAUUAUAAUACCAACACUACACCAUCAGAUCCACUAUAUUAA